AUGUUGAAUAUACUCAAGGGGUUUGAUGGCCAAGUGGCAUCAACCGGCACCAACCCCUACGCUGUGGACGUGAUCCGGGCAAAGAGAAGGGAUCUGGUUCAUGGGAUCUCACAUACUGAGGAUCUACUGGAUCUUCUUGUUACAGAGGGGGUCAUGACAGCAGCCAAGAGAUCAGUUGUCUUGACCAUCAGGACACGCCAAGAACAAAACUCCAGGAUCUUGGACUUCUUGGAGGCGAGAGGGGAACGGGCAUGUCGGAAAUUCUUCCAUCCGUGUCUCCUGCUGUCAGAGCCAGACCUCUACCAGCAGAUCAAGACCUAUGUGGGCGCUGUGAACGAACGUAUUCGAGACACAAAGAGACAGCUGAUUGGAUAUUUGUUGGAGAGGGAACAGGACAGGAUGGAUGAUAGAUUUGUCACGCAGAAGACCUUAUUUGCCACUAAAGGAAGGAAUAAAUCGAGCCCUGUAGAGGAAUACAGAAGCACUGUUCCACUUUUAAAACCAGAAGAGCACAAACCAGCUCAAGUUAAAGCAGAAAAUCUCACCAACAUGAUUGCUACAGACGGGGAGCUCGUACUGCUGGAGGAGCAGUCAGAAAACACAGAUGUUAAGACUGUCAAUCCGUCUGAUGAAUCUCUAUUACUAGAAGCUGCUGAGUACGGUCACCUGUCCAUCAUUCAGCACUUGAUUCAUAAAGGAGCCAGACUGGACCUGCAGGAUAAUAAGGGCCACACAGCUCUGCACAGAGCAGCCAGCAACGGUAACACUGAGAUCGCCAGGGCCCUCAUAGAAGCCGGGGCCCCCAUCUACACUCUGGACCUGCAAGACAAAACCCCCGUCCAUCUCGCAGGAGAAAAUGAGCACCUGAAUUCUGUGGGAGUCUUUGUGAAGGAGGAGGCCAAGCAGGCUGAGAGCAACACACAGGACAUGUUUCUCCACAUGGCAGCGAGGGAAGAUAACUGGAGGCUGGCUGAGUUGCUGCUGCAGAGCGGGGCUGCGGUCGAUUCCAGAAACAAACAUGAAAAAACAGCUCUCUUUUAUGCAGUUUCCAGGAACAAUGUCAAAACGGCAAAUGUCCUUCUUAACGCAGGGGCUGAGGUUGACUGUGAUGUCAUAAAUGAAGCCAUUAAGCUCAAUGAAGACUCAGUUCUCAACCUGCUGCUUGGUGAGUCCUUUCAUCUGUCUCUGAGUGAAGAAGCCCUGGGAACUGCUCUCUUCUCAGCUGUUAAACAGAACCAUGAUGGAGUGCUAACUGCUCUCAUAGACCGCGGAGCAAAUGUGAACAUGUUGGACAAACAGGGCUACAGUCCUCUGCUGCUGGCAGCCGAGCUGGGUCACGCUGAAGCCUUCAGAGUGCUAGCAGCAAAGCAGGCCAAACUGGAUGCUACUUUAUCUGACUCGUCCUCAGCUUUGCACCUGGCUGUCCACAGUGGCAGUGUCCCCAUAGUGCAGACAUUGCUGGAAAAGGGAUUAGACCCCAACAUCACUGGACCUAAAGCCCAAACCCCUCUACACCUGGCAGCUCAGUGCAACAGGCCAGAAUUAGUUGAUCUGUUGUUAAGAGCCGGGGGACAGGUAAAUGCAGUAUCCCAGGAUGGGCUGACCCCUUUGCACAUAGCCAGUCAGCGAGGCCAUGCAGACACAGUGACCCAGCUUCUUAAAGGCAAAGCAGACCCAGGAGUCACAGACAGGCUGGGGAGGACACCACUGCACUGGGCAGCCUCUUCCCAAGGAGAAAGCUGCGUGGUGGACCUGCUGCUGUCAGCCAAAGCCAACCCAAACGCCACUGAUAACGAGAAAAAAACGGCCCUCCACCUGGCUGCUGUGGAGGGCAGAGUAGGUGCCGUGACCUCGCUGUUGUCCCACAAGGCAAAAGGAGCGGCUAAAGACAUGGACGGCUCCACGCCUCUCCAUUACGCAGCAGCUGGUAGGCAUGGCAACGUGGUUUCAGCUCUUCUGCGAUUACUCGACAACAAGGGGAUAGAGGAGAGGAAUGCAUGGAGGAAAACGCCGCUUCAUGCUGCAGCCGAGAGAGGCCAUGAUGGUGUGGUGGUGCAGCUCCUGGAGGCCGGGGCCAAGAUCAACAGCACGGACCACAGUAAAGACACUCCUCUGCACUGUGCUGCACGAGGAGGACACCAGGAGGUGGUGAAGAGGCUCAUAAACUGGGGCCAAGGUGGGCUCACAGGGCGGCGGAAGAAGGUGAAUCUGCAGGCCACAAAUAAUGUGGGGAAGACAGCGCUGCAGGUGGCAGAGAGCGGAGACACGCCAGAACAUGAGAGCAUUGUGACUUUACUCAUGAAGAAAAUGUUGCUCAUUAAAUGA